AUGAGCGAGGACGUUCUGCGACAGAAGUGCGUCGACCUGAAGGUCAAGAUUGACGAGCUGGAGUUCGAGAACGAGGCCACGGCGGUGGCAGUCUCGCGGUCCAAGCAGGCCGUCGAACGGCUCCGAUACGAGUACGCCCUGCUGCUGGAGGCACUGGGCCGCAAGGCGGACGAGGUGAGCAUUCCGAACGUCGGAAAACUCACGGCGGACGAUUUGGACGGCGACGAGAUCGAUAGUCUGCGACUGGCAGACAUCACGCACCUGCUGACCAAGACUCCGUUCUCGCUUGCCAAGAACGGGUUCAGUGCCUCUGUGGGCAGCCUGGUGGCGAAGAAAAAACGAGGCGCCAACACGCUCAAAAAACAGCGGCUCAAGGACCCAACGAUCCCGAAACGGCCCACCAACGCGUACCUGAUUUUCUGCGAGAUGGAGAAAGAGCGGGUGAAGAAGCAGAUCGAGUCCAAAGACCCUGGCGUGCCGUCGGACCUGUCCAAGGCGAUGACCGAGGCAUGGCGCAACCUGGACGACGUUUCCAGAAAACCGUAUUACGAGCUAUACGAGCAGGACCGGCUGCGGUACCAGCGGGAGAUUAAGGAGUACAAUUCGAAGCAGAAGAACGGCAAGGCGGGCGAUCUCAAGAAAGACCUCGACGAGCCCGACCAUGACGACGAGGUAACCGAGAUGGACGUGAACGACGACGACGACGACGAGGUCGACGAGGACGACGAUGAGCUGGACUCCAUGGCGCUGAACGAGGACGAGGAGGUCAGUUUCAAAGAGGAGCGGAUGUAG